AUGUCGCUGCAAUUGUUGAAUCCAAAGGCGGAGUCCUUGCGGAGAGACGCCGCUUUGAAAGUGAACGUGACGUCCGCAGAGGGGUUGCAGUCCGUGCUGGAGACCAACCUGGGCCCUCGGGGCACGUUGAAGAUGCUUGUGGACGGUGCUGGGAACAUCAAGCUUACGAAGGAUGGGAAAGUGCUGCUGACGGAGAUGCAGAUCCAGUCGCCCACGGCGGUGCUGAUUGCGCGGGCCGCCGCGGCGCAGGACGAGAUCACGGGCGAUGGGACGACCACCGUCGUGUGUCUCGUCGGGGAGCUGUUGCGCCAGGCGUACCGGUUUAUACAGGAGGGUGUGCACCCGCGGGUGAUAACCGAUGGGUUUGAGAUCGCACGGAGGGAGACGCUGCGGUUCCUGGACGAGUUCAAAGUGCGUAGGGACAGUCCAGUCGGGGAUAGAGAGUUCCUCUUGCAAGUGGCCAAGUCCUCUCUGGCGACGAAAGUCGGGAACGAGCUUGCCCAGGUGCUCACGCCGAUUGUGACCGAUGCCGUGCUCAGCAUAGCACACGAUGGACAAUUGGACUUGCAUAUGGUCGAGAUCAUGCAGAUGCAGCACUUGUCACCACAGGAUACGACUUUUGUCAGGGGGCUCGUGCUCGACCAUGGUGGUAGACACCCUGAGAUGCCCGAGCGGGUUCAGAACGCACACGUGCUGAUCCUCAACGUCUCCCUCGAGUACGAGAAGACGGAGGUCAACUCUGGGUUCUUCUACAGUUCCGCGGAGCAGCGCGAUAAGCUAGCCGCAAGCGAGCGCAGGUUCGUCGACGAGAAACUCGCCAAGAUCAUCGACUUGAAGAACGAGGUCUGCGGCACGGACGCCAACAGCGGGUUCGUCAUUAUCAACCAGAAGGGGAUUGACCCAAUGUCGCUCGACGUCCUCGCAAAGCACAACAUCCUCGCACUGAGGAGAGCCAAGCGCAGAAACAUGGAAAGAUUGCAACUGGUCACGGGUGGGGAGGCUCAGAACUCCGUUGAUGACUUGUCACCCACUGUGCUCGGGUUCUCAGGACUCGUCUACCAGGAGAACAUCGGGGAGGAAAAGUUCACGUACGUCACUGAGAACAGGGACCCGAAAUCGUGCACGAUCCUCAUCAAGGGGUCCACGCAAUACGCACUGUCGCAGACAAAGGAUGCCGUGAGAGACGGCCUGCGUGCCGUCGCAAACGUCGUCAAGGACCAAACAGUGGUUCCAGGCGCAGGUGCAUUCUUCAUCGCCGCGUCCAACAACCUCAACAGGGCCAACAUGGCCCAAUUGGGCGCCAAAGGGAAGACCAAGACUGGUGUCCAAGCAUUCGCAGAGGCCCUGCUCGUCGUCCCCAAGACGCUCGUCAAGAACUCAGGGUACGACCCACUAGACGUGCUCGCACUGUGCCAGGACGAGCUCGAGGACGCCAAGGACGGUGACCGCAGGUACGUCGGUGUCGACCUCAACAUCGGGGACACGUGCGACCCAACGAUCGAGGGUGUGUGGGACUCCUACAGGGUCAUCAGAAACGCCGUCACGGGCGCAACGGGCAUCGCCAGCAACUUGCUCCUGUGUGACGAGCUGCUGAGGGCCGGUAAAUCUACUUUGAAAGAGGGCCCCCACUAA